AUGUCGCAAGACACUAAUUUGUUCAGCGCCUUCAAGCGCCCCAGAGAGACAAUCUCUGGUAUCACAUCUAUCCCUCAACCCACAUCUGCUCUGAAACGGUCUGCUUCAAACCAAGGGCUCCAACAGGGCGGCCGUCCAUCCGCUCCCAACUUCCGCCAUUCCAUGCUCCCUGCACGCUCUGGCGGUAGUCUCGCCGGCAACCUCCUCGACAUGGGCGCCCAGGCCAGCAACCGUCGCGAAUCCCGUAUUGGUGGCUUAGGCGGAGGCGGAGGCGGCUUCAACAUUCCUUCAUCCCGUAAAUCCUACGCUCCAACAUCUUCAACACCGCAGAUGAUGGAUCAACGAAGAAGUAGCAUAUACUCGCGUCCAUCCAUGGGUGCUAACAUUGGCGGUGGCGCCGGAGGGUCUUUCUUUGGUUCGUCAGGAGGGAGUGCCAUCGCCGGUGCUGGUUUAGGAAAAGUCACAGACCCUCGUCCCCUCCGUGACCCCAACUUUCGAAAUAAAAUGGCCCAAGAGAUUCAAGAAUACCUACUCCGUUACAAUUUUGAACUCGAAACGAAACAUAAUCUUGGUCCUAAAGCGCUAUCAUCUCCCAUGCAGAAGGAUUUUACGACUAUUUUCCAGUGGUUGUAUCAUCGGAUGGAUCCGAAUUUUAAGUUUUCGUUAAAAUCAGUCGAGACGGAGGUCAUGCCGUUGUUGAAGGGGAUUAAAUACCCUUACCUUGGGAAUAUUACAAAGGCUCAGCUGGGCGCUGUCGGUGGUGCGAAUAAUUGGCCGACGUAUUUGGGGCUUUUACAUUGGAUGGUACAACUCGUUCAGGCGCUUGAAAAUUUCGAUUCAGGGCACUACGACGAUGCUAUAGAGCAGCAGAGUCUGGAUAUCGGUACUUCGAAAGUUGGGUAUAGAUAUCUAUCGCAGUGUUAUACGACUUGGUUGAACGAUGAUGAUGAUUUUUCGCCGUUUAAGGAUGAGAUGGUGGAGGAGUUUGAAGCGAGGAGUGCGCAGGAUCAAGAGAGUCUGGUCGUCUUAAAGGCUGAAUACGAUCAGCUUGUAAGUGCGAUAUCGGAACUCGAGGAUGAAAGCGGGAAGUCACCAUUGGAUAGGUUGAAGAGCGAGGGGGAGACCCUGAGGAAUGAUCAGGAUAAAUUUAGGAAGUUUAUUGAUCAUCAAAGGGAGAAGAUGGGGCAUAUCAAAGCUGUUAAUGCGGCCUUGAAGGAUGAGGGGGAAGCUUCAAGACAAGAAAUUACGAGGUUGGAGGUGGAGAAGGCCGAGUUACAGCAAGCGGUUGAUAGACAAGGAUUGUCGACUGCGGAUAUCGAUCGGAUGAAUACAGAGAGGGAGAAGUUGAUUAAGGGGCUUGAGGGAGUUGAAAUCAAGCUUGAAGAGGCUAAUGGGGUUGCAGCUGGAAGGGAAGCAGAAGCGUUGAAGAAGUUGGAGCUGUUGGAACAUGCGGUUAAGAGAUAUAACGAGCUAGGCUAUAAGAUCGGGGUUACUUCCAACGGGCAGAGUUGUGAAAUCGAUAUCAUCCCGCUUACGAAAGCGGCACAGUCCGCGCCUGAGGGAAGUAGCGGGGACGACGAGCGACUACUGUACGACGUUGGAGUUGGAUAUAAUCCUCGACAGGUGUUGACGUUGGAUUUGAGGCACGAUGUUAAGCCUACACUGAAUACCUUCCGAAAUGAGAUCGCGACAAGAAUACAUAGUGCGCAGGAUGUUAGUAUUAAGAACCAGGAUCGGUUGGAUAAUAUUCAGGAGACAUUGAAGGAUAAGUCGGAGGAGUUGGAAACGCUUGAAGCAAAGCUUUCGGCGGUUAAUGAUGAGUAUAGUGAGAUCAAAGAGACCUCAGCUACGGAAACAUCGGCCUCGAAUGCUGAAAUCGAAAAACUUGAACGCGAGUUACAGUCGAUGAGGAUCAAUGCCCAAAGUGGACUGCUGGCUUUGGAACAAAGACUCCAGUCUGUAAAUAUCGAGUACGAUCAACUCGCACAUGGCGCCCACGUGCUACGAGAGUUUUACCAUGCAGAGAUCGAGAAGAUGUUGCAAACUAUCAUUAAUUUGAAGAUGCAUAUUCAAGGAUCUCUGGCUGGGUGGGAUGCGGAGACUUUGGAGGAGUUGGAGACUUAUAGGGAAAGUUUGGAUAAGAAGCUGAGUACCGGCACCCUAACCCGCGAUGCCAAAGAAAUCGCCCUCUGCAUCUCCUACUUCAAAAUCCAACUAUCCCGUCCCAAAGUCGUGGUACUGGGCCACUCCACAGGUUGUCAAGACAUAAUGCACUACCUCUGCCGUCUCGAAGUCUCACAACAGGCACACGGCCAACUCGACGGAGCGAUCCUUCAAGCGCCCGUUAGCGAUCGAGAAGCGUUAGCUAUGAUGAUGGGAAAAGAAACCUACGAAAGGAGUUGGAAACAUGCGCAACGGUUGGUAAAGUCCGGUAGAGGGGGGGAUAUCAUGCCGGCGCAGAUUACGAAGGAGGUGUUCGAAGCGCCUUGUUCGGCGUUUAGGUGGUAUUCACUUACGUCGCCGAAUAUGGAUGGUGAGGACGAUUUUUUUAGUUCGGAUAUUGGGGAGGAUAUAUUGGAGGGGACGUUUGGAGCUGUGGUUCCGGCGGGGACGCCGUUGUUGGUUUGUUAUAGUGGGGAGGAUGAGUUUGUACCUUUGACUGUGGAUAAGGAAGGGUUGGUGGAAAAGUGGGUGAGGGUUUGUGUGAGGAAAGGGGUUAAUGUUGAUGUGAAGAAUAGUGGGGUUGUGAAAAAGGCGACGCAUAAUUUUGCGGGGUGUGAGGGGGAGGUUUUUGAGGAUUUUUUGGGGAGGGUGAGGAGGUUUUUGAAGGUGGUUGAGGAUGGUGGGAAGUUUGGGGCUGGUGGGGCUGGUACUACUACUACUACUACUACUACUACUACUACUUCUAACGCUACUACCGCCACUACCGCUACUUCUACUAUCACUACUACUACUACUGUUGGUAUCAGUGGUACUGGGGGGUUAGGAGGGGGGUUGAUGAGUAGUAAGGUGUAA